AUGAACAAUAUCGCCCACAGUGCGCACCAUAGUCCUGAGCCAGAGGUCACUGUAAGGGCCGAGAAUGAGUUUCGUACUACAUCCCGACACCCAACAGACUCCGAAACAAUCCAAGUUGACCCUCAGCCGAUCCCCGAAGGAGGAUAUGGUUGGGUGUGCGUGGCAUAUGGAGUAUUUCUAUCCUACUAUCUUUCUUCUGAUAUAUUUCCCGGCACAACAGCACUCGAGUAUGCGUUCAUCGGUGGCCUCAGCAUUUCCUGCGCUAUGUUUAUCGCUCCUCUCGCUGCGUACCUAGAUAGAAGAAUCUCCACCCAGUUCGUCCUCAACAUCGGAACGGUUUUCGAAACCGCUUCCUUGGUUACAACGUCUUUUGUGGGAAAGAACUGGCAGCUCUUUCUCUCACAAGGUGUUUGCUUUGGAGUAGGAAUGGGGUUUUGUUUCUGUGGGUCCGUGGGAAUUGUCUCCCACUGGUUCAAGAAACAACGCAGUCUAGUAAAUGGGAUCACAGCAGCUGGGUCGGGGACCGGAGGCCUGAUCUACUCACUUGCCGUUGGUCGUAUGAUACCAACGUUUGGCUUUCCAUGGGCGAUGCGGAUCCUCGGUAUCGUCUCUUUCGUUGUCAAUCUGACAUGCUCAAACCUCCUCCGGGUGCCUUCCUCUUCACGAUCCAACGUACGACAUAGCCCGAUCUUCAACAUGACGCUGCUUCGACAACAAGGCUAUCUUGUAUUUUUACUCUGGGCCUUCCUAAGUGCGCUAGGAUACAUAGCCCUGUUAUUCAGCUUGUCAAGCUAUUCGGUCGCGGCUGGCUUCACACAAAAGCAAGCUAGUCUCGCCAGUGCAUUGCUCAAUCUGGGUCAGGCAAUAGGGCGUCCCUGUAUCGGUCUUCUAAGCGACUAUCUCGACCGUAUUAGUGUCGCUUUCGGCGCUUCCACCCUGGCAGGUAUACUAUGCCUAGUUGUCUGGGUGUUUGUGGAAUCUCUCGGGCUGCUAUACUUCUUCGCCAUUGCUAUUGGACUAUUCGCAGGUACAUUAUGGGCCGCUGCCGCGCCAUUAGCCGCCGAGAUCGUGGAGACUCAAGAUCUUUCUACGGCCCUUAGCAUUCUAUGGUUUGUUCUUUGCCCUCCAACAGCGGUGGCGGAGGCAAUUGCUGUGCAACUUCGCGACAGCGAGACCGUUGCUAGACCCUACCUUAGAGUCCAGUUAUUCACUGGCAUCAUGUAUUUAGGAGCAGGGGGUUGCCUGUUAUUUUUGAGAGUCCUAUUCUCCAAGUCCAAAUACCGCGGUGGCACUGAGAAAUGA